CUCAGGGGGAUCUUCCCAACCCACGCAUUGUACCCAGGUCUCCCACGUUGCCGGCAGAUUCUUCAGCGUCUGAGCCCCCGGGAAGCCCCGGGGAACCUCUGUGUUUAACAUUUGGAACAACUGCCAGGUGGUUGCCCAAAGUGGCUGCGGUGUUUUACUGUUCCGACUGCAAAGUAUGAGUGUUCCAGUUUCAUUUUUAUAACUUCUAUUUCUUUGCUGGAAUUUUUUUCAUUUAUUUAAAAAGAAUUUGCAAUUUAUAAUAGAAGCAUCUUCAUGGUGACUGAAAGUCCUCAUCAGAUAAUUUGACGAGUAUUGGUAGCUGAUUGUCUUUUACCAUCAGCUGUGGUUCCCCUGGUUCUUCUCAUGGCCAGUGAUUUUCAGUUGUACCCCAGGCACAUUGGUUGUGAUGUCAGACACUCUGGCUUCUGUUUAAGUCUUCUAUUUCAGCAGACGGCCAUUCUGUUUAGACUCAAUGUGUAGGUUCCAGUCUUCUUUUGUGGCCUUAGUUCCAAUGAUAGUUUAGGUCUCAGAGCCCUUGCAAAGCCGUCAUGGCCUGUCUUGUUCUUCUGUGCUUUGCGGCUCCUACUGUGUCCCUGCUAGUCCCCAUGACAUCUGGGGUCACUGUCUCACCACCACGAAGGGAGCUGAAGCCUGGGUGGAGGGCAGGGCUUGGCUGCUGCUGUGGCUGUGAGCCCAUUGGGCCACCUGCCUGUCUGUGGGGUCUGAGUGCAGCUGCCCUGUCAGCGCUAUCAGCAGAGGAGGAAACCCGAAGGCUGGGCCCCCCGCCCAGUCUGGUGAAGCUCAGGGCCGCCAGGCCAUUGGCUGCUCUGCCGCAGAUGGAGAGACAGAGCCACUGAUACGCGCUGGAAAGGCCGCACGGUGGCAUUGGUCCUGAGGGGCUGCUGGCGGCUCUGCGUGUGUGUUGCCCUGGGUCGAGAUCCCCGCCCUUGCUCGGGCUGAGCUGCGGGAGCUGACUGAGGCUCGCAGCCGUGGGGCCAUGAGGCUGGCUCUCUGGGCCUUGGGACUCGGCGUCCUCCUCCUCAGGGCCAGGGCCGCCCCCACUGGUGGACCCGACGGCCUGCGGUUGGCCUACCGGCCCAGUCCAUGCGACGGGGUGGUGCUGGUCCGGCAUGAAGGGACGUGGGGACACGUGUGCAACCGGGAGUGGACGCUGAAGGAGGCGUCCGUGGUCUGCAGGCAGCUGGGCUGCGGUGGGGCCGUGGGCGCCCCCAAGUACGUCCCGCUGCCCGGAGAGACGGUGCAGCCCUGGCUCCACAACGUGUCCUGCAGGGGAGACGAGGCCUCCCUCUGGGGGUGCAGCCUGGGGGCCUGGACGAAGAGCGCGUGCCCCUAUGAGUGGGUGGUGGUGGCUCUGUGCUCCAACGGCACUUUCCGGGAGGUGCGGCUGGUGAAGGGCCGGAGCCCCUGUGCAGGGCUCCCUGAGAUCAGGAAUGUGAACGGGGUGGACCGCCUCUGUGGCCUGCACCAGGAGGAGGCCACAGUGUUCUGCCGGGAGCUGGGGUGCGGCCCUGCCCUGCAGGCCCCCCGCCAAGACGGCAGCGUCACCAGGAAGUACAUGACCUGUGGGGGCGACGAGCUGACCAUCCGGAACUGCAGACUGAACAACAAGUUCCGCAGCGGCUGCGACUUCCAGCGAGACUCCCAGGUGGUCUGCUCAGAGCACACAGAGGCCCGGCUGGUGGGUGGCGAGCACUCCUGUGCUGGGCGCCUGGAGGUGAGGCGUGGCCUCACCUGGGGCACCGUCUGUGACGCUGACCUGGACCUGGCCACUGCCCACGUGGUGUGCCGGGAGCUGCAGUGCGGCGCAGCCGUGUCCACACCCCAGGGCGCCCACUUCGGCCAGGGCUCUGGGCUCGUCUGGGCCGAGGCCUUCCGCUGUGCGGGCAACGAGUCCCUGCUGUUCCACUGCCAUCGGGAGCCGGGGCACCAGUGUGGGCACGGCCAGGAUGCGGGGCUCAGGUGCUCAGAGUUCCGGCUGGUCAACGGCAGCAGCGCCUGUGAGGGGCGCGUGGAGCUCCAGGUCCAGGGGGCCUGGGCGCCCCUCUGCGCGGCCCACUGGGACUUGGCAGACGCCACGGUCCUCUGCCACCAGCUGGACUGUGGGAACGCGGUGGCCACACCGCCGGGGGGUCACUUUGGGGGCGGAGCCUCCGCGCUCUGGCCGGACGAGGUGCACUGCGUGGGGACAGAGCCCUACCUGUGGAACUGCGCCGUGAGCACCCUGGGGGUGCCCGCCUGUGGCCCCGGCGACGCAGCCGCCGCCGUCUGCUCAGGUCUCCCCGACGCCCUGCGGCUGAGGGACGGACAGAGCCGCUGCGAUGGCCGCGUGGAGGUGUCCCUGGACGGGGUGUGGGGCCGCGUCCUGGACGAGGCCUGGGACCUGCGCGGCGCGGCCGUCGUGUGCAGGCAGCUGGGCUGCGGAGCGGCGGAGCGAGCGUACGAGGCGGCGGCGCCCGCGCGCGGGGCGGUGCCCCUGGGGCUGAGCCGCGUGCGCUGUGCGGGCACCGAGCCCCGCCUGACGCGGUGCAACGUGUCGGCGGCCCCGCUGGUGUCCGUGGGGGCGUCGCGGGACGCGGGCGUCGUGUGCUCGGGGAGCCUCCAGGUGCGCCUGGCCGCGGGGCCGGGCCGCUGUGCGGGGCGCGUGGAGCUGUUCCAGGCGGGCGAGUGGGGCACCGUGUGUGACGACGGCUGGGACCUGCGGGACGCCCAGGUGGUGUGCCGGCAGCUGGGCUGCGGGCACGCGCUCGGCGCCCCGGGGGCCGCGCACUUCGGGGCCGGGGCUGGGCGCAUCUGGAUGGACGAGCUGGCCUGUGAGGGCCACGAGGCCGCGCUGUGGCGGUGCCCGUCGAGGGGCUGGGGCCGACACGACUGUAGCCACAAGGAGGACGCCGGUGUCCUCUGCUCAGAGUCAGUGGCCCUGAGGCUGCGAGGUGGCGCCGGGCCCUGUGCUGGGUGGUUGGACGUGUUCCACAACGGAACGUGGGGGGCCGUGUGCAGUAACGCCCUGAAGGACGCCUCCUUGUCCAUCAUCUGCCAGCAGCUGGGCUGUGGGGAGCGGGGCUGGCUGGAGAACAGGCCGGGGCACACUAGCCUGGGCACCUCCUGGGUGGACAACAUCCAGUGCCGCCAGCUGCGGAGCUCCACGCUGUGGCAGUGCCCCUCAGCCCCCUGGCACCCGCACUCUUGCACCCGUGGAGAGGAGGUCUGGAUCACCUGUGCAGGAUCAUCAGGGACAACGACGCAGGAUUCCGGGGAGGCCCUCAAUUGCUCCUCGAUGGGCAGCUGCCCAGAGGAGGGCGAGCUGCGCGUGCGCGGGGGUGAGGACCGCUGCUCCGGCCGCGUGGAGCUCUGGCAUGCUGGCUCCUGGGGCACCGUGUGUGAUGACUCCUGGGACCUGGCGGACGCCGAGGUCGUGUGCCGGCAGCUGGGGUGCGGCCGGGCUGUGGACGCCCUGGCGGGGGCUGCCUUCGGACCAGGCUCGGGGCCCGUGUGGCUGGAUGAGGUGGGGUGCCGGGGCAGCGAGGCCUCCCUGUGGGGCUGCCCGUCGGAGCCGUGGGGCCGCGGAGACUGUGGGCAUAAGGAGGAUGCGGGCGUGCGCUGUGCAAGUGACACAGGGGCCGUCACCCUACGUUCAGCAUCAGGCAGUCCUCUGGUCCCGGCGCCUGCCCUCGAGGCUGGGACUCUGCCCAUGGCCCUCGGCCUGGCGCUCGGCACCCUGCUGCUCGUCACCUCACUGGUCCUGGGGGCACAGUGGUUCCGGGGCAGAGGCGCCUGCAGGGGUUCAGGAAUGUCGGGGAGUCUGCCCUCAGAAGGUGUGUAUGAGGACAUUGGAGCUGCUGCCGCGGGGGAGAAAGACGAGGCUGCUGGAGCGUCCGCGGCCGCGGCGCUGGAGGAGGAGUAUGACGACGCGGCGGAGCCCGAGCCCGAGGAGGGCGACGCGGAGGAGGGGGCCCUCCUGAGCCCCACGGGCGGGGCUCUUCAUAGCCAGGGCCUCCUCACACCUCAGGCUGGGAAGGAAGACCCCAGCGGCCUCUGCCCCAGGACGUGCUGACCACAAGCCGGCUCCAGGGGACAUCAGCGAGACCAGGGCAGGGGAGAGGCCAGUGUGUCUGGGGCUUUCAUCCUCCUUGUUUCUUAAAGAGUUUUAUUAAAUGUCUCAGCCAUAAUUCAUCUCAGACACUCCUCAGAUGCCCACCACGGCCUGGGAUCUGUUUCUGGCCCCCUCUCUGCCUCGCCCUGGUCUGGGGUGGGCUCCGAGGGUCUUUAGCUGUCGACUCUUGCCCUCACGGUUCUUCUGAGUUGUGUGUGUGUGUGUGUGUGUGUGUGUGUGUGUGAGGCGGGGGGAGGGAGGUGGCGUCCCUGAUGAACCAGCUCCAGGCCACCCCUCCUUUCCUCUGUGGAUGUUGCUUGACCUGGCUCAGGUGUGCCAGGGUCCCUAGCGUUCAUGCAUGCCCAGCCCUGAUGCCCCCACCAAGCCCCUGUGACCACAGCUCCCUGACCACACCCUCUUUCGGAAGCUAGUUGCCCUGUGUCUUCUUCCCUGUGCGGGUCUGGUAUCAGAUGCAAAUGACCAGGCCCCUCCCCUACGUGUAGACCUUUCUGGACCCCCACCUCCCACUCAGCACCCUGGGAAGGACCAGGCUUCCUUCUCCUGUGAUCCUUGCCUGCAGGGCCUGUCCAGCACUGCCACUGAUUACCGCCCACCCUCCAUGUUUAACUCCGGGGUCUGGCCAGCCUGCGGUGGCCACCACUGCGCUGGGCUCUUGGAGUGUCUGUCUGCUGCCUCCCACCUCCCGGCCCUUCCCCUGUGCCCCACCCUUGGGCUGUAAGAGAGACACUGCUAUGAUCUCAGGGACCACGGUGCUGGCG